AUGAGUCAUAGUAAUUAUCGAUAUUUUUCAUUACAAGAUGAUGAACCCACUACAAAUCCUACUGGUACGGACAAUAUUUUAAUUUGGCUCGAUGAAAAAGCAUUGGAUUCCACGUCACCUAAUACUCAACUUAUGAUUGAUAUGCUCAAAAGCAUAUCGAAUAUUAAUUGCAAAUUGUACAACAGCGCAGAAUUAUUCCUUGCAGAAGCUAAUACUAUAGCUAGAACAGGCAGAGUAAUACUUGUUACAUCUGGAUGGUUCGCAGAGAGACUAUUUCCUGAAUUAUCUAUAUCAUUACUACGGGCAAUUUCAGUCAUCUGUAUCUUCUGCAAAGAUUCAAGAAAUUAUCAAUAUUUACAAAAGAGAUAUCGGAAAAUCGUCGGUGUUUUUACAGAAGAACAAUACUUGAAAGAAGCGAUCGAGGACGAAUUGAACCCAUCGUCAGAGUUCUUUGUCACGGAUCAACAUCUAAGUCCUCAUUUUGUUCUUAGUGAUGAUCGUGAAGAAUUUAAAUUCUAUAAACAAUAUAUUGAACUGUUGCAAAAUUAUCCAUGGACAUCGGAUAACAGGAAAACGAUGCUGGAUGAAUGUAUAAAACAUUACCGAAAAGAUGCUGCGCAGAGAAGAAGGAUCGAUGAAUUCCAAUACAGUUAUAUACCUGAGACAGCAAUUAAAUGUUAUAUACCUGAGACAGCAAUUAAAUGGUAUACUAAAGAUAGUUUUCUAUAUCGUUUGGUGAAUAAAGUAUUGCGAUCGUUGGAUAUGGAACAGAUUAUUAUCUUUCGACCUUUUAUCAGAGAUCUAUGUAAACAACUUCAAACAUUACACGAGCAAAACCAAUCAGACACACCAUUAACAGUGUUUCGUGGACAUGCAGAUAUGACUGUGAAGCAGUUUGCGACAAUCGAGAGAAACGUUGUAUAUGCUGGAAUUUCAUCAGCUCAGAAGAGAUCAGUCGUGUUUGAAAUUCGAACCAAUUACAAGUCGACAAAUGUGGUGUUUGCUGACGUUGCAGCAUAUUCAGAAAUUCCGGAAGAAGUUCUAUUUAGUCUUUGUUCUGUAUUUAAAAUUGAUAGUAUUCAAAAUGAUGAACAAAAUGAAUUGUCAAAGGUUAUUUUGAGCACUCCAAAUGAAGAUCCAGUGGCUAUUCCAGAACAGAGAAACAAUCGUUUACCUUUUCUAUACCAAUACUCUCAGAAAACAUAUAUUAUCAGAAUAUGCGCUGUGAUCCUUUUCACGAUGAUAAUAGCACUAGGUGUUCUCUUUGGUGUGAUACUUCAAUUUCAAAAUCACAAUGGAAGAUCAUAUGAAUGUGUUGGUGCGAAUUGUGCAGAUGUUAGCACAACGGCAGCAUCAACGUUAGGAGCAGACUGCAUUCCAGUUGGAUGGAACUAUAAAGGAGACUUGAUAACAACUGAUCGACCUUAUGUUCACCUAACUGUCGAUCAUGAUUCAAAUGUGUAUGUUGCUCACAGAAAAGGGAAGAGUUUGGAUAAAUGGUCGCCUCAAGCCCAUUAUUCUUUCAUUUAUCGUCCCAAUCUCUAUAUUUUUGCUCCAGAAAGUGUAAUUGGAGACAUUAUUAAUAAACUUGGAGUGAAUCCUUCCUUAUACCAUUGUGGUGGAUUGUACGUUAAUUCAGCUGGUGAUAUAUUCAUGCUGGCGACUCCAUCAGGAGUAGUAUACAAAUGGACAGUUAACAGCUCAUCUGCAAUUUUGGUGGUGGAUGGAAAUAAAAUUGAUUCAGUGCGUUAUCCAACAACGAACAUAGUCGCUUUUGCUGUAUAUGAACCUGAUAAUACAAUAUACUUAUUGGAUCGUGGUACACGUUCUUGGAAGAGUAGUAAUGGAUCAUUGGUGAGCGUAGGAUACGAUUUUAAUCGUAUUUUGAAAUACUCAAAUGGAUCAGAAUUGGGAGAAACGAUCAUUGAUGGAAUACCUCUUCACAUGUUUUCACACACUAAGGCAGUAGAUGUCGAUGCGUAUACAAUAGCUGUUGAUAAAACUGGUUAUGUUAUCUCGGGUGAAUUGCAUCGAGUAUCAAUAUGGUCACCCGAUGGAAAAUUCCAUAGUACAGUUAUGAAUAAAUAUCGAAUACAUGAGUCUGUAGGACAAGAAAUAUACACGAGGACAAUCGUAAUUGACAGAUUAGGAGAUAUCUAUGCUUAUGUCAGUCCUGGACGAAUAUUUGCUGAGCCAACAACAUAA